CUGAGCCGAUAAAUAACUAUAAAUUGGGUACUCCAUCGACAAACGGCAUAAGUUCCGACUUAACCAAAAAAGUGCUUAUUCAUUAGAUAAUUACAUCUGAAAAUAAUUAUACCCGUAUAUCAGAAAAGACAAGAUAUUGAGGAAAAUAGAAUUUUUGUCAGUUGUUUUCUUACAGAUUGAGCAAUGGAACAUCGCUGCGAUUGCGGCAGUUCACAUAACGAAGCUGAACUUGGUUUGCAGUACAAUUUAUUUCAGAAAAUAGACAAAGAUAACAUUGAAUGUCUUAAUGAAUAUGAAGAAGGUUCUGGAGUGAAAGUUUUCAAACCAUGGGAAGACCGACUGAAUCGUGAGAAGUAUGUGGAGAGCGAUGCAGAUGACGAGCUGCUGUUUAAUAUACCAUUUACAGGCAACGUGAAGCUGAAGGGAUUGAUUGUCACGGGAAACCAGGAUAAUUCUUAUCCUUUAAAAGUCAAGCUGUUUAAAAAUCGUCCGCACAUGGUGUUCGACGAUACAGGAAUAGAAGCCGAUCAGGAAUUCGAAUUGUCAAGAGAUCUGUAUGGCAUUCACGAGUAUCCGAUAAGGGUGGUUAAGUUUUCAUCCGUCUACCAUUUAACCUUAUAUUUUACUGGUAAUCACGGGGCAGAAAGAACGCGCAUCAAUUACAUAGGAAUGAAAGGUGAAUGGACUGAAGGGCACCAUCACGGUGUCACGAUAUGCACCUACGAAUCACGGCCGCAAAUUUCUGAUCACCUUACUCAAGAACACACUGUGACCAAACAUGUACACUGAUCACGUUAAUAAUGAUAUUCCCAAUAACCUCUAACAAAUACUACAACUAUGUGAUCAUUACUUAAAUUAAUUAUAACAACCGCCAUUAUUUACCAUACAAAAACGCAAUUUUUUCAUCUAAACUUGUACUUUUUUUUAUAAAACUUGAAAUAAAUCUUAUUAAACAAUCAA